AUGGCUGGCGAAUACCCACAAGUUUCCCGUAUUUUAGUCGAUGAACGAGACCAGUAUAUGACACAAGUUUUGCAUCAUCUUUUACAACGUGGAACGGUCGAGAAACUUUGUGCUAGCAAAAAAUGUCGAGCCACAUUUGAACCAUUAACAAUUGUUGCGGUUGUUGGAAUGGGGCAUGUUAAAGGAAUUCAUGCAAAUUGGCCAAAACCUAUCGAUUCAGCUGCUUUGCUGACGUAA